AUGGGAUAUUCCCCAAGCAGAGCAAAGAUCUCUGAGGACUGUGUGGACAUAGACGGACCCUCGGGCUUCAUCUACACUUCUUUAAACUUUAGCUGCGUUUGGAACUCAUCCCACCAUCCGAACCAGAGCCAAGACGGGGACGCAGCGGGAGGCGCAGCGGGAGGCGCAGCGGCGGUACUGAGGAUCGGCAUCUCCUUGGUCUACUGUCUGGUGUGCGUGCUGGGUCUGGUGGGCAACGUACUGGUCCUGCACCUGGUGAAGUCCAAGCAGAUCUCGAAGGAGUCCUCCAUCAACCUCUUCGUCACCAGUUUGGCUCUGACCGCGAUCCAGUUUGUGGUCACGCUGCCGUUUUGGGCUGUGGAGAACGCCUUGGACUUCACGUGGCUCUUCGGUAACGUUAUGUGCAAAGUCAAGUCCUACGUUACGGCUAUGAACAUGUACGCCAGAGUGGUAGAGGAAACCGGAGCUCCCAGAGGAGGUUUGCUAGAGAAGAGCUAG